UCGGCGGCGCGGCGGCCCUUGGCGCUCGGCGGCGGCCACGGAGCUGCCGGACUGGCGGCUGCGCUGCGAGGGCGGGCGGCAGCUCUGGCGCUACCUGGGCGAUGGCGAAGGCGAUGCCGGGGAGCGGCGAGCGCAGACGGCGCUGGAGCAGCACAGCCUCGGGCUGGACACGGGCGCGACGCUGCAGCCGCUGCCGGCGGCCGGCUCGGCCCGGGAGGCGGCCCGCAACGGGAUGCGGUUCUACGCAGCGCUGCAGGCCGAGGAUGGGCACUGGGCGGGCGACUACGGCGGGCCGCUGUUCCUGCUGCCAGGUCUCCUCAUCUCCUGCCACACGGCCAAAAUCCAGCUGCCCGAGGGGUUCCGGAAGGAGAUGGUACGCUACCUGCGCUCUGUGCAGCUCCCGGACGGAGGCUGGGGCUUACACGUGGAAGAUAAAUCAACAGUGUUUGGCACAGCCCUCAACUACGUAGCCUUGAGGAUCCUGGGGCUUGGACCAGAUGACCCUGAUGUUGUGCGGGCCCGUGUCAACCUGCACAGCAAAGGAGGUGCUGUGGGAAUCCCUUCCUGGGGCAAGUUUUGGCUGGCUGUCUUGAACGUUUACAGCUGGGAGGGAAUGAACACGCUUCUCCCAGAGAUGUGGCUGCUUCCCACAUGGUUUCCAGCUCAUCCGUCACGGCUCUGGUGUCACUGCCGCCAGGUUUACCUUCCCAUGAGCUACUGCUAUGCUAAGCGUUUGUCAGCAGAAGAGGACGAGCUCAUACGGAGCUUGCGGCAGGAGCUGUAUGUGCAAGACUACACCAACAUAGACUGGCCAGCACAGAGGAACAACGUGGCUGCCUGUGACGUGUACACCCCACACAGCUGGCUGCUGGGUGCUGCCUAUGCCAUCAUGAACGUGUAUGAGGCUCACCACAGCACUCAGCUGCGGCAGCGAGCCAUCACAGAGCUGUACGAGCACAUCAAGGCUGAUGACAGAUUCACCAAGUGCAUCAGCAUUGGGCCGAUCUCCAAGACAAUCAACAUGCUGGUUCGCUGGUUCGUGGAAGGGAAGGACUCCCCAGCUUUUCAGGAGCAUGUUUCCAGGAUCCCUGACUAUCUCUGGCUGGGCCUCGACGGCAUGAAGAUGCAGGGCACAAAUGGAUCCCAGCUCUGGGAUACUGCUUUUGCCAUCCAAGCCUUCCUGGAGGCAGAAGCCCAGGAGAUGCCUGAAUUCACCUCCUGCCUCCAGAAAGCCCAUGGGUUCCUCCAGUUCUCCCAGAUCCCAGAGAACCCACCUGACUACCAGAAAUAUUAUCGCCAUAUGAACAAGGGUGGCUUCCCCUUCAGCACACGGGACUGUGGCUGGAUUGUGGCAGAUUGCACAGCAGAAGGGCUGAAGGCAGUUAUGCUGCUGCAGGAGAAGUGUCCCUUCAUAGCCAAGCUUGUGCCUGCUGAGCGCCUCUUUGAUGCUGUGAAUGUGUUGCUGAGCAUGAGGAACCCGGAUGGAGGCUUUGCCACUUACGAAACCAAGAGAGGAGGCCACUUACUGGAGCUGCUGAAUCCCUCAGAGGUGUUUGGUGACAUCAUGAUUGACUACACGUAUGUGGAAUGCACAUCAGCUGUCAUGCAGGCACUGAAACACUUCCAGAGCCAGUUCCCUGAGCACCGAGCCCUUGAGAUCAGGGAGACUCUGCAGAAGGGCCUGGAUUUUUGUCGUAAGAAGCAGCGAGCAGAUGGGUCCUGGGAAGGGAGCUGGGGGGUUUGUUUCACCUAUGGCACCUGGUUUGGUCUGGAGGCGUUUGCCAGCAUGCAGCACAUGUACCACAACGGGACUGUCUGCCAAGAGGUGGCCCAGGCCUGCCAGUUCCUCAUCUCCAAGCAGAUGGCAGAUGGCGGGUGGGGAGAGGAUUUCGAGUCCUGCGAGCAGCGCACAUAUGUGCAGAGUGCUGAGUCACAGAUCCACAACACCUGUUGGGCCCUGCUGGGGCUCAUGGCUGUCAGGUACCCUGACAUCAGUGUGCUGGAAAGGGGCAUUAAAGUGUUGAUGGAUAAGCAGCUGCCCAAUGGAGACUGGCCUCAGGAGAACAUUGCUGGGGUGUUCAACAAGUCGUGUGCCAUCAGUUACACCGCGUACCGCAACAUCUUCCCCAUCUGGACACUGGGGCGGUUCUGCCGGCUGCAUCCCACCAGCCCUCUGGCUGGGCAGCUGCCAGCCAGAGCCAGACCCUCGGCUGGGGCAGGGCAGGAGGAGCAGGGAGCCCUGUCUGCUUGAACCUGGGAUGCUGGGGAUGCCAUGGCCCUGGACUUGUCUUGGAUACCAGUGUCUGCAUGGGGCUGUGGUGGUUUGUGCUGCAUGGGAUAUCUCCAUGCUGACCUUAGCAU